CACUCACACUCUUCCCUGCACAGAGCCGGCAGUGGCUUCUCAAGCAAUAGGAGCGUACACCGUUUCAUGCUUCCUGCAUCACUGAACCUAAAGGAUAGAAGAGCCAGACACUCCUAACGGUCCAUCCUCCAGAGAAGAACGAGGGAUGAAGGACAGAACAGCCUAAGAAGGUAAGAAGUGAAAAGUAAGAGAGUGUUAAAAACAGUGAAUUAGCGAAAACCGGUCAAACCCAGGAAAAAACUCAGCAUUGCAGCAGCCACUCCAGUGUUUCAGGAGACAAAGGCAGGAGAUCAGCCUGGGCUGGGGACCACAGAGGAGAGGAGAGACUGGAAUGCAAAGAUGAGGAAAAGGUGAGUGUCUCUACUCUCUCUCACACACACCGAUGGAAUCAAAUAAAAAACAAGAAAGCAGCAAUGCACAUACACACACAUAAAACCAUACAUACAUGACUGUGGUGCUACAGUAACUGAAUCUCUGCACUGUUCACUGUACAUCAUCUCUGACUCUCUGGCUUGCUGUGGGACUGGCCAGUGUCUCAGUCCUCUCCAUAGUCAUUUACAAAAACCAUCUAUUCAGCCUGUUCUAGUAGGAACAACUCCCUGCUCAAUAGCUGACACUCACUAACUGGGCUAUAUAUAUAUAUAUAUAUAUAUAUCGAACAGGCUAAUUAACAUCAGUGAAAUGGGACAGCAGGGAAUUCACACCUCAAGUGAUCUACAACCAUCUUCUAAAAGGUAUCCCCUACAUACUAAUAAACAAAGCCAAUCAGAACAUCCUCUUCAAAACAAACUUAGUCAAAGCAUGACAAUGCCCACUAGUCUGUUGCUAGGGAGGAUGGGGGAACUCCCUUCCUAAAUAAAUAGGUCCCAGAUUGUAGGCGUUAAAGACAAACGUUUAAACCAUACUCACAUACUGUGUUGCAUGCAUGAGCAUGCUGGAGAAGGCAUAUCUGCAGCACUGUGACUGACUGAGUGCAUCUCUACACACGCUGCCUGAUAACUAUACCUGCAUAAUUAUGGAGGUCACACUCACACAUGUUCAGGUGUGUUUGUACAGUGCAUGUACUGCGGCCAUGUGCCAGCUAUUAGGGAGCCUCCAUGGGAGAGAGAGAGGGGCUGUUACAGGGCUGAGCAGAAUGGGAGAAUGAGAUCUGAACUGUAGUCUCUAGUCUGUUCAGCAGCCUCUACUCCACUACUGGUGCAGUCUGCCUCUCAUUCAUUCACACUGCUAGUUCUUGGUCUACUCCCUAUGUGGACUAUAAGGUUUUACUACUAGAUGCUGCUGCUUUGAGAUGUAGCCUAGCUAAUAAAGUGGGCUUGCCAUCAUGUUUCUGACCCAUUCCUUCUGUGUUUCAAGGCGUGUGCUACUGAUGCCCCUCAGUGGCCCUUCCCACUUUGUGGCCGUGCUAUGGCUGUUGAUGCUGCUGGGUCUCCAGGCCUUGGCUGUCUGUCCCCCCAUGUGUACCUGUAACCGUAGCCACAGGGAGGUGGACUGUUCCUGGAAGGGCCUGAGGACACUGCCCCUGGGCCUGCAGCACAACCUGCACUCCCUCAACCUGUCUCACAACCGCAUCCACGACCUGGACGGCCAGCUGAGUACCUUCGCCCACCUCCGCACCCUGGAUCUGUCCCACAACAGGCUGGUCCGCCUGCCCACCGCCCUGCCAAAGGCCCUGUGGGAGCUCCAUGUUGCAGCCAACCACAUCCAACUGCUGGACAAGAAUGACACAGCCUACCAGUGGAACCUGCGAGUCCUAGACCUCUCCAACAACAAGCUGGAGCGGGCCGUGUUCAUCAACAACACCCUGACCAGCCUACGCCUGCUCAACUUCAGCCACAACCACUUCUGGACCGUGCCCACCAACAUGCCCGCUAGCCUGGAGACCGUGGACCUGUCCCACAACUCCCUGGUGCUGAUGUUGCCUGGCACUCUGAACCGGCUGUCCAGGCUGACCACCUUCUACCUGCACUCCAACCGCUUCUCCUCUGUGGGCCCCAGGGCCUUCAGCCAGCUGGGCAGCCUGAAGCUCCUCUCCCUGGGGGACAACCCCUGGCCCUGUGAGCACCAGACCAACAUCACCCACCUGCUGGCCUGGCUCCAGCACACUUCCACCCGCGUGCUGGGCUGCCCCUGCCACACUCACCCCGUCUGUGGAGAGCACCACCCGGCCAGGACUGGAGGGUGGCACUUUGCCUCCUACACUCAACCUCCCCUGGCUGCUGGUACUCAGGAUGAGCUGAGCCACCCUCCUCCCCCAGAGGCCCUCACCAGGUGGCCUUGGUACCUGUCAGAGUCUGCCCUGCUCAACACACAGCUCCACACCAGGAGAGCCCAAGGACACCCCAGUGGACCAGAGAACCACAACCUCUUCACAGACCACUACCCGUUCACCUCAACCCCUCUGGCCAUUUCCAUCCUGCCCACUGAGAGGACCCACACUGACAGCAGCAUGUCAACCACAGACAACCACCUCAUAACAGACACAACAUUUACUACUGACAGCCUCUACACCACAGACAUAGCCUUCACCACUGACAACCCCUCUACCAUCACAAGGAGAACGGCCACCCUCCGCACCAGGAGUGUCAAGAGGGCCAACCAGGGUGGCUCCCCGGUCCGCAACACCAGCCCAGCCCCCAGUGCCAGGUCUACACUCCCACUAGUACUGAACCUGUGGCUCCUCCUGACUCUCACCCUGUAUGUUCUC